CAGUCACUGAAGACAGGCACCAGUUUUACAACUCCAGCUACAAGUUCCUGUUGCUACAUGAUCUUAAUCGUGUAGGAUGGUCUUAAAAGUUGUUUAGCUACAUACUCUUCUUUCCAUUGACCAGAUUUCUAGACUGUUGGACAAGAUACCAUUGCUGAUGCAAACAUAAAUUAUAAUUGCUAUUCCUGCAGCUUUUCUGAUUUAAACUAAUCACUCCCUAACCUGGCUCUACAAAAACGAUCCUAGCUCCAACUGGAAGCUUGCCCUUAAAUGGAGCACAGAAUUGUGGGGCUGAUUAUCUGCAAGAGGGCAAUGAGCAGCUGUAGGAGCUUUGAGAACUGCUUACUUUGUCGGAGCAGCCACUGAGAUUCAUUUGUUUGUGCCCUUAUCUGCUCAAGCAUGUCGGAAAAGGGCAGUUUCCUAGGAGUUUAUCUGCAGCAGAGGUGAAGAGUUAUCCGUAACAUGGUAGUUGGACAGUGCUCUUGCCCCUCUGAGUGAAGAUUGUAGUAUUGAUUUUGCACAAACUCACCUGACAGAAGUCCUGCUGAAUUCAUUUGGACUGGUUCCAGUAUUGAAGUGCUUAUAGAAGAAUAGUCUGGCUUGUUGCUUACUAAGGCUACUAUAGGCCAUAUCCAGAUUUUUUCACUUUCUACCUGUGAAUUUUCUGCAAUCCAAAGAUGGCAGCAAAUAAGCCUAAAGGACAGAAUUCAUUGGCUUUACACAAAGUCAUCAUGGUGGGAAGUGGUGGCGUAGGAAAAUCUGCUUUAACACUACAGUUCAUGUAUGAUGAGUUUGUUGAAGAUUAUGAGCCCACCAAAGCAGACAGCUACAGGAAAAAGGUGGUUCUGGAUGGGGAAGAAGUCCAAAUUGAUAUAUUGGACACAGCAGGGCAGGAGGACUAUGCUGCAAUUAGAGACAACUACUUUCGAAGUGGAGAAGGCUUUCUUUGCGUCUUCUCUAUUACAGAGCUGGAAUCCUUUGCAGCAACGGCAGACUUCAGGGAGCAGAUCUUAAGAGUAAAAGAAGAUGAGAAUGUUCCUUUUUUGCUAGUUGGUAACAAAUCAGAUUUGGAAGAUAAAAGACAAGUUUCUGUGGAGGAAGCAAAAAACAGAGCUGAUCAGUGGAACGUUAACUAUGUGGAAACUUCUGCAAAGACACGAGCUAAUGUUGACAAGGUGUUUUUCGAUUUAAUGAGAGAAAUUAGAGCCAGAAAAAUGGAAGACAGCAAAGAAAAGAAUGGGAAGAAGAAAAGAAAAAGCCUAGCUAAGAGGAUCAGAGAAAGAUGUUGCAUUUUAUAAUCAACACCCUGAAUACCUUUCCUACCCUGACCAUACUAAUAAAAACCAUAAUUUAUAAGCAUGCCAUUGAAGGCUCAAGUGACUGAAAUUACUCUAACAUGUUGGAAAUAGUAAUGUAUCACUAAAAGCAUGAAUUGGAGCUGCACUGAAAGUCAAGUUCACUGAAAAAAAAAAAGAAAAAAAAUGAUGUGGCUUCAAGAGAAGCAAAGUUCAGUCCAUUUCAUAAUUGCCUACCUUCUCACAUUUCUUCUGAAUGUAGUGUUUCAUGGGCAGUCUUUUCUUUAAUAGUGAACAGAGUUGGGAAGUAUUACUUUGGGUUCUUGUAAAGCAUACUUUUUUUUUUAUCACUGGUAACUGUCAAUUCAUCUUGUCUUUUGUUGCCUUGAAAAUUACAAUUGUGAACACGAUAUCUGACAAAGCGGUAUGCAGUUGUUUUGCCAUGGAGUUAUGCGAAUUAGAAAAGAAUAAUGUAUAUGCGAACAGAUAUGUUGGGGAAAAUUAUAUGUGGUUCUGCAUUACCUGAUUAACCUGGAAGAGAGAUGUAAUCUUUUACAUUGAAACAUUUGAAUAUGCCUUAAUUUUAAAAACUAAACAUAACAGGUUACUUAAUCAAGGGUGUAUUUUCAACUUUGUUGCAUGGAGACCGUCCCUGCGCAUCAGUGCGAGACUGCCCUCUCUGGGGAGUGCAGUUACGUGAAUGAUUUUGCUAACUAGCUGUCUGCUAGCAGUGUCUGUCCUUUAAAUGUGUGCCAUACUCUGGUAUUGUGAAUAAUACAAGAGCAUAUUCUGUCAUCCGUAACUUGGUAAACAAUACGGUAUCUUAAAACAAAAAGGUCAGAAUACAUAAAAGACUGAAAUCAUAAGCCUAUGGCACAUCUAAGCCUGGAAUGGUUGUUUAAAACUUAACGUGCUGAUACCUUGAAACUUCCCUUUUGCGAGUAGAUUCUUGUCUAGGUGUUCCUUGGGUUUUAACUCCCUGGAGUUGGGUGGCGUGGAGCUGAUUCAGUAGUGCUAAUGUGUUUUGAGUUAAGAUGUUGUCCUGGAAAUUCUGGUGUCAUCGGUUAAUUUCUUUUGUGUUCCUAAUACUCAGCUACAGGAACAUGGUGUGUUAUGCUGAAGCUCUUUGCAGGUUUUGUACUGUUUAGUCUAGUUUAUGUUGAUUUUCAAACGGGGAACAUUGUAGCUACUUUUUCUAGUUAAUGUUGAUAUCAAACAAUCAAACAUGCUUUACGAUACAGAAACAUUUACCAUGUGCAUCCAAAAUCCCCAAACAAAACAUACUGCCUCAGUUGCUUCAGAACAGCAAGGAUACUAGCACAUGGUUAGUAUGCUGCAUCUUAACUAACAACUUACCAGAAUGUUUGAGGGUUUUGGACUCCUCUGGGGUAAGACAGGCUAGAUCAAUUCCACAAACUUAUACUUUUUAUACAUGUGUAAGCCUAUAACUGACAGUUUAAAAUGUGCUCAAGCAAACUAGGUAACAAAUAUUUAACUUUCAUGCUAACGGACAUUUUAGGGACUCAAGUCUUAGCAGUUAUAUUUGUCAUGUUAAAUAUUUAUCAAUAGGAAUUUUGUAUGUGCAUUAGUAGACUGCCAAGUGCAGAACUAAAGUUACUCAUGUAACGACGGCAAAUAAGCCGGUCCUCAUCUUACUGUGUACUCAUUUGGGUCUAUUUAGCCAGGGAGUCUAACCACUAACAUUGUGACUUUGCUUUGGAACCUGUAUACUGGGAACUGAGGUGUUAUGAAGCCACUGGACACAUGAAACUUGUCUUGGCUGAUGCCUUAUCCUGUCCUUUUAUUUGCUAUUUGAGCCAUUGAAAGAUGAAUAAACUUCCAUUUUUUUAAA